UGCUCUUGACCCGUGGGUAAUAAUUUUUCAAGGACAUUUAUCUCAGGUCUUUAUUCCGUGUUUUCACAUAAACUCAUAUGAAUACAGUAAAUAUUUAUAGCCGAGCGACAGACAGACUGAAUGACGUCACUAUGAUUUUCGUCCUGUUGACGUCAGCGACGCUGUUGUUGCAAAGUCACUGCGACGGUUCGACUGUAAACAAGCCGCGGCCCAGUAGGGGUAACUGCCCCUCCAGCGUGGUUUCUGACGCCUUGGUUCGUUCGUGGCGCUAGUUAUUGGCUGUUAUUCUGUAGACUGACGUCUAAACCACAGCUGGUCAUAUUUCGGCCCCGUGCGGCUCGUUUAGCUUCCAAAGGCUCGCGUUGCUUGCUAGCUGCUAAAGCUAGCACAGGAGACAGUGCAGCUAGCUUGUCGGCGCUAUCGUCAGUCUCACUGUCGGCUCAUCUCCUGAGAAGAACCCUCGCAUGUCCAGGGAUUCUCCCUUUCUCUUUGGCGAGUCCAGGGAAAGUUAACCCUGGGUGGCUGGUCAGUGCAGCCUCCUCCAACCAUGGAGGCAGGAGGUCAAGACUGUGAGGAGGAGAUACUGCAGACAGCUUUCAAGAAACUGAAAGUAGAUGCUGAAAGAAUCCCGGGGCCUGUAAGUGUUACAGAGGCGGUACCAGCAAAGGCCAAACUCAGCUGUCCGAAGGAGCACUGGCACUGUUGCACUCGAAAAUCUACCAGAGGAGCAACCAGGAGCCAACGACGCCGGAGAUCCAAGUCCCCCAUCCUUCACCCUCCAAAGUUCACCUACUGCAGCACCAGCACGGCCUCAGUACUGCCACCAUCUGGUGGGUGUCCGAAACACCAGCUCUUAGCUGUGCCGGAGCCUGGAGAUCCGCAUCCAUCAGUCGAUGAGAAGACUGCUCCUGUGGUCCUCCCUGCUCCCUUGGCUGCCCACUCCACCCCUCUGGGCUUUGAGUCUGGUUCUGGUUAUGACACGCAGCAUGGAAGUGGGAGUUCUGCUGCAGCUGCCCCCAGGUGGGAGGCUCCCGGUUCUUUACCUGUCCAGCUGUGCAAGGAGAGCGGUCAUGAAAAAAGUGCCUGUGGUGGAGUGGAUUGUGGAGCUGCAGCACAGUGGAGGUCCAGGGCUCCAGAUGCUGCCGAUUUUCGAGCUUUAUCGGAGCUCCACAGUCGCAGCUGUGCAGAGGGCCCACAUGUCUCAUGCUCCUGCUCUCACGGUGCGUGCUCAGACGUCCAGGACGAGAGCGGGCAGGACGGUGGACUCCCAUGCAGCUGCAGGGCCUCUCGACAGGGAUGGGCUGGUGUGGAGGUGUAUUCCUUCACGGGUCUCCGCAAUGUCAUCUCCGAGUGUGAACAGGGCCUGCCGGGCCCGGAGGACAGAUGCAGAACUCUGAGCAGCUCCACUUUGUCGUCUUUGUCUGCGCUGCCGGCAGGAUCGCCUCGAUCGUGCUCAGAACAAGCACGGGCCUACGUUGAUGACAUCACAAUAGAGGACCUUUCUGGCUACAUGGAGUAUUAUCUUUACAUCCCCAAGAAGAUGUCUCACAUGGCUGAGAUGAUGUACACUUAAGAGCAGAAUGACUUCCAUGGUAUUAAUAAACUAAAUAAAGAGGCUCAGUGUUUGUGUGAAGGAGAGGGAAUGUCAGGAACCAUGAGAAGACAGAAACAGGGUUUCAAUUGAUGCCACUUUCACUGUUUUGAUCUGGUUUAAGAGGCCUUUCUAAUGUACCGGCACUAACACAGGACUACUGACUGCUUCUCAUUAGUUGGGACUCUUACAGUUCACUUUUUUUUAUUGAUCAUUUACAAAUGAAGUUGCCAAAGCUCCUUAGAUGAGGGCAGCUUUGUGAUAUCUGCUGUGACUGUAGUAUUUUCAGAUCAAAUGUCACCCGUCUGAGUUCAUUUCAUUCAAUAAAGAAGCUUUUUCUGUGCCAA